GAUUGGUCAACGGCUAUCUUGUGGAGAAGUGACGCAAUUUUCUUGGCCACAUCCGAAGUCAGAGGGAGGGUAAAUUUUAAUGGCAGUCACUGGCGCUGUAAAAUAAAUUAAGUCCGAAAUCUGGGAGGAAUUCAUGACAAUUUCGGUUAUCAAUGUAGCUCUUUAAACGCGUGUUUUUCGUGGUACAUCUGCGUCGUAUUUGUAAACAGUAGCUAUCGUUGUUUCACGAAGUUAAGGCUUGUUUUGUGCGAUUACUACAGUACACCGGAGUCAGACUAGGCCCAGCCGGGUGCAGAAGAAGCGGUCCCACUGAGUUGAGAGAGAGAAUAUGUAACAAACAUCAACAUGACAUCCAGAUUUGGUAAAACCUACAGCCGUAAGGGAGGGGAGGCCAACUCCAAAUUUGAUGAGGUCUUCUCCAACAAGAAGGCCACACUGAGCACCAAAUGGGGAGAAACCACUUACAAGGCCCAGCUGGGCUCCAAGCGGCCCCUUCAAAAGCCUGAGGUAGUUGAGUUACUCAAGAGGCCCCGCAUUGAGGAUGACGACAGCUCAGAGGAUCCUUUUGGUUUUGACAGCGACGAUGAGUCCAAUCCUGUCACCUCCCACAGUGUGCCCCAGUCUGAACCAGCUGAAGGUGAGGCCAGUAAUAUGCCACCUGCUACAGCCACAGUCCCAGUGGAUAACGGUAGGAACAGCACAGCUACAGGCAAGCAAACAUUGUCUAAUGAGGGUGCAGAAAAGAGUAGCCAGUCCUUGUACAGAAGUAAAUCUGACAGUAACCAGAAACCUAUUGCUCAGUCCUCUGUUACAAAGACUGUGCCCAAGGACCCCUAUGUGGAAUGGAGCUUAAUAGGGACCCAGAGGUCUUCUACCUCCUCUAGUAUGGACCCUCUCCAGGAAAAAGACUCAGCUGAGGCACCAGGGUUUAGCGGAGACUCACAGUUCUCUUCUUCCCAGGAUGGGCUCUCAGCUGGGAUGAAAAGUGCUCAACAGGAGGCCCUGGCCGAGCCUGUUGUUGACAACCUUCCCCCCUCCCCGUUCCUCCUCAGGCCCUGCAACACUAGGAAAUACAUCCGUCCCAAACCCAACAAGGCCUCUGACGUUCCAGAUGCUUCUGCUGCUUGCGACGUCAAACUGCCUGUAGCCGCCAGCGUUCGGGCUGCGCUGAAGUCCAAGAGUGUGUCCGCCGCCAGCGGCAGCGGCAGUGCUAAUGCUAGCACAACGGUGGCCAAACCUGCUGGCAGGGGUCGGGUACGGGACUACACGGUGCUGCAUCCAUCCUGCCUGUCGGUGUGUAACGUCACCAUCCAGGACUCCAUAGAGCGCAGCAUGGACGAGCUCAUCACCAGCACACCCCCUACUGACCUGGGGGAGGUGGGACGGCUGAGGAAGAAGGCAGACGUACCUCCAGCCAAACCCAACAGGUUCCGCACCACCCAGAGUAAAUCCAAGAAGGAGACCAAGCUGGAAUUUUUUGGCUUUGAGGACAAGGGUGACCAGGAGGGGGAGGAUGGUGCGGACCCCACGGCCGGAGGCAGCAGCUACAAGAUCAAGUACUUUGGCUUUGACGACCUCAGCGAGAGCGACAGUGACGAAGAGGAUGGCACCCAUGUCAAAGUGAAGAGGAAGGCCAAGAAGGCUGCAGCAGUGGCGGUAGCAGCCAUGGCUGUUAGUGUGCAUAGCCCUCAGCCCAGUGACUCUCAGGACAGCCAGAGCAGCAGCAAUACAGAUAUUCUGGAGCUUUCUGAUAACUCUAACUUUGGUGGGUCUGAAGAGCAGAAGGGUUGUACAGGAAAACAAGGGGACACAUCCAAGGACAUUGGCAGGAAGAUCUUCAGUGGACCGAAAAAGUCCCCUGCUAAAGCUGUGUACAAUGCUCGCCACUGGAACCAGCCUGAGCCUGAGGAGAUUCCCCUGCCACCACUUGCCUGCGCGCACACUGCUCCGGCCAGCAUAUCGAGCGGAAGUAGCAAGGACACGAAUUCUCACAAAGACGACGGUCUGUUCAAAGCGCCUCCCCCACCGCCCAAAGUCAUCAAGUCUGUGACCAUCCCCACUCAGCCUUACCAGGACAUCGUCACAGCUCUCAAAUGCAGGAAGGAACACAAGGAGCUGUACACUGUUGUGCAUAAUGUGAAGCACUUCAACGAUGUGGUAGAGUUUGGUGAAAACCAGGAGUUCACUGAUGACUUUGAGUACCUGGAGACAGGCCUGAAGAGCAGCCAGCCACUCAACACACGAUGCCUUAGUAUAAUCAGUUUAGCCGCAAGGUGUGCAAUGCCCAGUUUCCGGAUGCACCUACGGGCCAGAGGGAAGGUGGCUCAGGUCUUCAAGAUGUUGAAUGAUGCCCCGCUGCAUCCGAACCUGGCCCUGUGUACAGCCUCUCUGAUGUACAUCCUAAGCAGAGACAGGUUAAACAUGGACCUGGACCGGGCCAGUCUGGAGCUGAUGAUCAGACUGUUGGAGCUGGAGCACGACCACUCGGGCCACCACCAGGACCAGCUCACUGCCAAGGAGAUGACCAAGGUCAAGGAGAAGAUCCGCAAGCUAUGUGAGACUGUUCACAACAAGCACCUGGACUUGGAGAACAUCACGUCGUGUCACCUGGCCAUGGAGACCCUGUUGUCUCUGACCUCGAAGAGGGCCGGGGACUGGUUCAAAGAGGAGCUGCGAUUACUGGGAGGCCUGGACCACAUUGUAGAUAAAGUGAAAGAAUGUGUUCAGAACCUGAUUCAAGAGGAAGACAAGGAGAAACUGGUGUCAUCGCUAUGGGGGGCAGAGAGGUGUCUAAGAGUACUGGACAGUGUGACUGUCCAGAACCCAGAGAACCAGGGCUACCUGAUCGCCUACAAGGACUCUCAGCUCAUAGUGUCCUCCGCCAGAGGUUUGCGGUACUGUGAGGACAUGAUUCAGCGCUACAGCCGGGAGGUGAACAGCUCUCUGUGUCCGUCAGGCACGGCGCUGCCCCACUGCAGCUUCAGCAACGUGGGCAAGGCCGUUGAGGACUGCAUGAGGGCAGUCAUAGGGGUGCUACUCAAUCUCACCCACGACAAUGAGUGGGGAAGCACUAAGACUGGAGAGCAGGACCGGCUCAUCAUCACAGCACUCAACUGUGUCCUACGGGUCCCACGCUACAUACCUCAGGAACAACGCUUUGACAUCAGAGUCCUGGGCUUGGGUCUGCUGAUUAACCUGGUGGAGUACAGUGCCAGAAACCGCCACUGUCUGGUGGACAUGGAGUUCACCAGUUCAACCAGCCCUGAAGGCAUCCAGGGAGAGGCAGGGGGAGAAGAGACCCAGACCCCUGAAGAGGGUGAGGCUGAGAAGAAGACCAAGGGCUCCUCUUCAAGUGCCCUGGCUGCUCUGGUGCAGUUCUUCUUGGAGCGGGAGCGAGCAGCCAUAUUGGCUGAGGCGCAGACUGAUGACCUCAUCAGUGAACCUCCCAAGCCCCAGGACCAGAGCGGGGAGUGGCAGGAGACAUCGGGCGAGAUCCAGUGGGUCGCUGCAGAAACCAACGAUGGUGAGAAUGACAAGGAAAAGGACACAAAGAAAGACGAGGAAGACGAGGAGCUGGAUCUCAACAAAGCUCUGCAGCAUGCUGGGAAGCACAUGGAGGACAGCAUUGUGGCUUCCUACACAGCUCUGCUCCUGGGUUGUCUGUGUCAGGGCAGUCAGGUUAAUGUGACAACUGUGCGGGAAAACCUUCCCAAGGGAGAUUUCUCAAUAAUGACGGAAAUGCUGAAGAAGUUCUUAAAUUUCAUGAACCUUACUUGUGCAUUUGGCACCACAGGGCAUAAGUCCAUCUCUCGUGUCAUAGACUAUCUGGACCACUGUUAGUCAACCCUUCUUUGCACUCGAGUGCAGAUAAGGGGACAUCUUUUCAGAUCUGGCAACCCAACAAGGGUCCCACCAGAUCUGGCAACCUUAGCAAGGUUAUGUCAGAUGUGGCAUCCCCAGCAGGACGGGCUGUACAGAGAAUCCACCAGAGAUCAUCGGUGUCCCAACAGUGUCCCAGGCAUUGCUUCAACAUGUGUUCUCAUUCUGAAGAACAAGACACACACCACACACACAAUGGCCUGUGAUGGUUGUAGAAAAGGGAAGGGAACUGUAGAAAAGGGAAUUUCUGAUUAUGACCAUUUGCAUAAGCUCGCGGUCAAGUUGAAAUCUUCUGGAGUUUUCUUCAAUGCUUGUUUAAGUUAUUCUCACAAGGUCAUGUAAUGUAACAUCAUUCUACAUUUAAGAAAUCAUCAGUUCAGGAUGACUGAUUGUUAUUUAAGUAUUUGUUUUUAAAUAAUGGCACUUGAAUUACUUAAAAUUGUUUUACUCAUUGCCCUUCCAAAUUUGACUUUACAGUCAAACUGAGUUUUGUUUUAAAUUUGCAAUCGGCCGUUUUUAUGAUUGUGGUUAUGCUGUGUGAGAUGCUUCAAGUCUCUACAGUUCCUUUUACAUGUUCCACCUAACACAUCACUUGAAGUGGCUGGAUAUAAUAACUGCUGUUUGUACGGUUUUCAUUACACUCCCAGAAACCCUGGUAAACCGGACUAACAUUAAUAACCAAACCUCGGCCAACUGGCAUAAUCCUCAUUGAAAGUUGUUGUUUACCCAUACUGUGGGUGUCAGUGGUGGUUAGUGGCACUUUAAAUGAAGAAGACGGUCUCAUAGUAAUGGUUGGAAUGGCCACACGUUUGGUACCAUUCAUUCACUCCAUCCAUUACUACGAGCCGUUCUACCCUCACCAGCCUCCUCUGGUGGGCAUUGUAUCUUACCACUUCAAGUAGCGCUGAUCCAGAACCAAGCCCAGGGUUCACCACCUGGUCCUGGACAGGGGUGCAGGUUGCAUCCAGCCCUGCAGUAAUUAUCAAAAGCCUGCACACCUAGUACCCUGAGUUGGUGAUCCCUGUCCUAACCCCAACCCCCCUAGGCACCCCCAAGUCUGAGCACUGGAUAGUAAAAUGGUGACAAUUCUACCUAUUUUAUCGGAGGGAAAAGUGAAGUAACUACCAUACUGCUUAUACCUACCCUUUCCGAUCUGCUUGUGGUGGUAGCCUCUGGACAGGGCUGUAGUGUUUCUUUACUGCCCCUUGUGUCUUAAGUCAUCAUGUUGGACAUGACCUUCCUACUCUGAGCGGUGAACCAGUACCCCUAAACCUCAUUUCAGCUACUCUAACUAGUCCUGUGCUCUAAUAAGAUACUGAUUGAAUGACUGCCAUACAGAUUUCAUUUCCCUCUAAUUUGUAGAGCUGCAAUUGAACAGACAUGUUACCUGCAAGUUGAGUUGCAAAUCUAGGAUAUAUUCAUUAUGACGAUUCUGUUGCAAAAUGUUUUUACAAACAAAACAAGGGUUUCUAUUGGACAAAUUCAGUUAGGUCCGUUCCGUUUUUCUGUUUGGUUGUUAAACGGUUUCUAUAAUGAAAGGAAUUUCAGAAUGUAAACACCUGUAAAUAGUGGUUAGUGGAUGUUAGAAUGCUAGACUACUUUUCUGAAGCUGAUAUUUUUAUUUUCUACAAUAUUUCUGAGUUGUCAUUUUGAAGUAAAAGCAAAAAAAUACAAAGACCGCUGCAGGACUAAAAAAGUUUGUACCGGUUUUGAGGACAUGUAAAUAAUUGUAACUCAAAUAAAAAGUUACUUUCAGUA